AUGGCAAACUCCCAAUUUAUCCAUUUCAUACCAAAGGACCGUCAGACGCAGAUCUUGGAGUUACCAGUGCGAUCCAUAAUUGCCGCGCCGCACAGCCAAAACGCAGGCACAAACCACUGGUGUUUCUACCUCCUGACAUCCGACCAAAGCUCAGUCGCAAUCGAUUGCCAGCCGAGUUACACGAUCCCAAGCACCAUUCUCCCCGGAGGCUCCAAAGCGAUUCUUAUCAUCUCUGAGCUGUCAUGUACCGUGGCCACGGACGCUCUAGCACAGUUCCCUCUCCCUGUGGCUCCUGGUUUGACGGUCAAAGAUGUUUACUCUCUGCUGAUCACCCAUGGAAGUCAUAAAUAUGAGUUUGACUCAAAUGGCGUUGGGUGCAGAUCGUGGAUAACGGAACAGAUCCACCUGCUACAAUGGCAUCAGCUUAUAGUUGAACUUAUCAAGGACGGCUCGUACUCGCAGGUUUCGGCUGCAAUUGCUGCCAUUCGUAAAUUGUGGCCGGAUGAGACUCCCCUGAAACUCGAUCGGGGAGCUUACUACCACUAG